AUGACGAGCUUGAAACGAUCUCACGAGGGAGAUCCCCUUGCCUCCAACAUUUCAAGUAAAGUCUAUGUACGCUCCACGCGCAGCGGCAAGGUCCAAAAAAUCGUGAGAGAAGUUUAUCUCAGAACCGACAUUCCGUGCUCUUCCAAAAUUUGCAAGGCCUGCCUAGUGGGAGCUCCUAGAAAUGCAUCUCAACAAAUUCAGCCGUUUGUGCUGUCGGAGAAGCCCGCAGGAACCAAGGCUUUCCCUCAAGGGCACUACCUAGUGCCAGAUACAAACGCCCUUCUCAACGCAAUGGAUCUUUUUGAGCAAAGUUCUGCAUUCUACGAUGUCAUCGUUUUGCAGACGGUCUUGGAGGAACUUAGAAACCGGUCUCUUCCAUUGUAUAACCGGCUGAUUGGACUCACCAAAAGCGAAGACAAGCGAUUUUAUGUGUUUUUCAACGACUUUCGGCUGGAGACGUAUGUAAACCGUGAGCCAAAUGAGAGUGUUAAUGACAGAAACGACCGUGCCGUCCGCUUAGCUGUCAAGUGGUAUGGCGAGCAUCUGGCGCAGAUGAAAGCGGGCAAGAUUCCCGCCAUUGUGAUGCUGAGCGAUGACCAGGAGAACCUCAAAAAAGCACGCAGCCAGGGGCUCAACGCACUCUCCCUGAGAGACUAUGUCGGCAGCUUGGAAGAUGGGGACAAGUUGCUUGACAUGGUGGCCGAGGCACAGAGCCAGGGUGGUUUCCACCGACCAUCGCAGAUGCUGUAUCCCGAGUACUAUAGCCUCUCGAAGAUGAUGACCGGUGUGAAGGCUGGUUUGAUGCACCAGGGAAUUUUCAACGUCUCACCAUACAACUACCUCGAAGGCUCCAUCAAAGUGCCCGCCUUCUCCAAACCCCUUCUUAUUCUCGGCCGCGAGAGCAUCAACCGGUCCGUUGAUGGCGAUGUUGUCGUUGUCGAGCUUCUCCCCCAAGACAAGUGGAAGGAACCGUCUACCAAGAUUAUCGAAGAAGACAACAUCACCAAGAAUGAAAAUGCCGAUACCGAAGAACGAGAUGACUUUGUGUCGGACAAGGAACGAAAAGCACUGCAGGAGGAAGCCAAGCGUACACACAAGUCCUCGUCAGAAAGCCAAUUGCAACCGACGGCCAGGGUGGUGGGAGUGAUCAAGCGAAACUGGCGUCAAUACGUCGGACAUAUUGACCCGUCCUCAGCCAGCAAAUCUUCUUCGUCGCAGGGUCGUAAGCAAGACAGCGUUUUUCUCAUUCCCAUGGACAAGAAGAUUCCCAAGAUUCGACUACGAACCCGACAAGUAUCAGAACUCCUUGGGAAGCGGCUGCUGGUCACCAUUGACGCCUGGGACCGAGACUCGAGACACCCAGUCGGUCACUUUGUCCGCUCACUGGGCGAACUUGAGACCAAGGCGGCCGAAACAGAAGCCCUGCUCUUGGAAUGGGAUGUCCAGUACCGACCGUUCCCCAAGACCGUCUUGGAUUGCCUGCCCAAGGAGGGCCACGAUUGGAAAGUACCUGCGAGUACGGACGACCCCGGCUGGAAAGACAGAGAAGAUCUCCGAGGCCUUCUCAUCUGCAGUAUCGACCCCGUGGGCUGUCAGGACAUUGACGAUGCGCUGCACGCGCGCAAGCUUCCCAACGGAAACACUGAAGUCGGCGUGCACAUUGCCGACGUGUCACACUUUGUCAAGCCCGCCAACGCCAUGGACACCGAAGCUAGCAUCCGCGGCACAACGGUAUACCUCGUCGACAAGCGUAUCGACAUGCUUCCGCCCCUCCUGGGCACCGACCUUUGCUCGCUGAAGCCCUACGUCGAGCGCUACGCCUUCUCCGUCCUCUGGGAACUGGACGAUAACGCCGAAAUUGUCAAUGUCCGCUUCACCAAGUCCGUCAUCAAGUCGCGCGAAGCGUUCAGCUACGAACAAGCCCAGCUGCGCAUCGACGACUCCUCCCAGCAAGACGACCUCACCAACGGGAUGCGCAUGCUUCUCGCGCUCUCCAAGAAGCUCAAGAAGAAGCGCAUGGAUGCCGGCGCCCUCAGUCUCUCCUCGCCCGAAGUCAAGGUCCAGAUGGAGUCGGAAACCUCUGACCCUAUCGACGUCACCACCAAGCAGCUUCUCGACACAAACUCGCUCGUCGAAGAAUUCAUGCUCUUCGCCAACAUUAGCGUCGCCGCCAAAAUCUACGACGCAUUCCCACAGACCGCCAUCCUGCGUCGCCACGCCGCACCCCCCAAGACCAACUUUGACGAGCUUGCCGACCAGCUACGCGUCAAGCGAGGCCUCGAACUCCGCACAGAUUCUUCCAAGGCCCUUGCCGACUCCCUCGACGCCUGUGUCGACAAGUCGGACCCCUUUUUCAACACUCUGGUCCGUAUCAUGGCCACCCGCUGCAUGAUGUCCGCCGAGUACUUCUGCUCUGGGACCCAAGCCUACCCCGAAUUCCGGCACUACGGUCUCGCCUCAGAAAUCUACACGCACUUCACGUCACCCAUCCGUAGAUACGCAGAUCUCCUCGCCCACAGACAACUCGCCGCCGCCAUUGGCUACGAGGCCGUCCACCCUUCUGUCCGCAGCAGGGGCCGUCUCGAAGCCGUUUGCAAGAAUAUCAAUGUCCGCCAUAGAAACGCCCAGAUGGCCGGCCGCGCAAGUACAGCAUACUAUGUGGGGCAGGCACUGAAGGGUAACGUGGCAGAGGAAGAGGCGUUUGUCAUGAAGAUUUUCAGCAACGGGUUCGUCGUGCUAGUGCCGAGAUUUGGAAUCGAAGGACUCAUCAGGUUGAGGGACUUGGCGGAACCUGAGCCCGAGAGUGAGUUUGACGCCGAGACUUACACGCUUGUUACCAGGGGGAGCAAGGACUUGAAGGUCGAGUUGUUCCAAAAGGUCAAGGUUAGAGUUAUGGAUGAAAAGGAUGAGAGGACCGGCAAGAGGGGUGUUAAAAUGGAAUUGAUUAGUGCAUAG